AUGGCGGAUACCGCCCCCAAAGAACCGCCCUCUCUCGCAUCCCCAUCAACCUCUUCAAUUUCUCCGACGAAAUCGGUAUCGUCUACCACAACAACCAAUUACCUUCAUCCCCGCCGUGAGCCAUUCGAGCACGGCCUUCUUCCAAUCCCCAAACUCAUUUUCCCCGACGCCACGCAAACCCUUUCCCAUCUCAAAUCUACCCUCCUGGCCGCCGAUUCGUCAAACCGGGUCAACUCGGAAUCCCUCGCCGGAGCUCUCCAGAUCUCUCUUGACCAUUCUCGGCUUAUCCUCGAAACGCUGUCUUCUGUUCUGCAUAAUGAUUCUGAUCCUUUGGUCAAUGCCAAGACUCCGCAGGAGAUAGAUUCGAUUGGAGUUAAUGUGUUUGAUUUGCUGGUUUAUUUGUAUAUACAGAGUUAUAAGAGGUUGAUUCCUAAAGGGCACAAGGAUUCUGCUGCUGUCGCUGAUGUUUGGCCAUCCACCUCUGCUUUUGACGGGUUUUUGUCCGCCCUUUCACCAUUACAGCUUGUGCGUAGCAACAGUCGUCGAUUUAUGCCAUCCCAGGCUGAUGAAGAGGCUCAUCAGCUGUCCUAUUUGCAGAAGCACCUGGGAAAUAUUGUAUCCCUUUUGGCAGACUCCGUAGAUGGGGAAGCGGAAGACUCUCUUGUUGUAUCGAUGGAUAAAUUUGAGCAUCUUGGAUUUCUGAUUUACUUUGGAGAAAAGGGAUCCGAGAUAAGCCCCUUGAGCCAAAAUUCUCAGUUUUUUGCCAAUUCAGAUCCCGACAUGCCUGCUGUUCCUGUUCCUGCAUCACAAGUUCUCAGUUGGCUGCUACAAAAUGUAGCCUCUACACUGGAACAUAUUUCUGAGAGAAUUUCUUCAAAAGAUAUUGGGCCAAGCAAUGCCUGUGAUCAGGAUGUUACAAUGGCUGAUGUCAGCACAAGUUCAGCAAAGCCCUUAACCAGAGGUCCAAGCUUUAUUGAGGGGAUCUCUAAGUCAUCAUAUGUAAAGCAAGCAUCUGAUUUUAAAGGCUCUUCUGUAAAGGUUGUAAAUUGUCAUGAAUCGGUAAUUUACAUUUUAGCACCUCUGAGAUAUGCAACAGUCUAUGGAUGCUCUGAUGCGACUAUUGUUCUGGGAGCCGUUGGCAAGGCUGUAAGAGUGGAACAUUGUGAACGCCUUCAUCUGAUUACAGCAGCAAAACGAAUCUGCAUUGCCAACUGUCGUGAAUGUCUAUUCUUCUUGGGAGUAAAUCAACAACCUCUAAUGGUUGGUGAUAACCAUAAAUUGCAGGUUGCUCCAUAUAAUACAUUUUACUCGAAAUUGGAGGAGCACAUGAAUCAAGUUGGCAUUGACCCUAGUAUCAACAGGUGGGAUGAACCUGUGGCACUUGGAAUGGUUGAUCCCCAUGACUCAUUAUCUCAUCCUGCUGGAGUCUUGGAUGUUCAAGCUGAAUCUGCUACCUGCCUAGACCCAGAUCAGUACACUAAUUUUUUGAUUCCAAACUGUUUGGGAAGUCAGCAAGAUGGUUCCACAAAAGAUAAUCCGUUUCCUUUACCUGAUGCUUAUCUGGCAUCUCAACAGAGAAAUCUCAAAAAUCUGGUGGAAGUUAAGCAAAUUUUGAGGGAAACUCAGCUUGAAGACAGCCGGAAACGAGAACUAUCAAGUGCUCUCCAUGUAUGCUUCAAAGACUGGUUAUACGCAUCAGGAAAUAUCCGGCAGCUUUACUGCUUACAAGGUUCCUCUUGCCAUUUUUGUUGA